GUCUUCUCUUCUUUAGGAUUCGAAUGAACCUGCGAGGAUUCGUUGUUUGUUUCGCUCCGGUAUGCGCGGUGGUUUAGCUUAGCGAGAUGGGAGUGGUUAUAGAUUCGGUUCGAGGGCGGUAAUUUCAUCUGCAUAGUGGCAUAUGCAUUUGCUUUGUGGAUGUGCGUGUUUUGGUAACGAAUGGUGUAAACAAGGUCAGCUGCAUCCAGGCAAAGGGGAGGGUGGGGAGAGCGGAAGGAUUUCUCAUCAGUGAAACGUAACCGGUAAGGGUCGAUCGGUUACGUUUUUCUUUGUUAUUAUGGAUUAGAAAAACAAAUCUUUAUGAUAUGUUUAAGUCCAACAUUUUUGGAACGGAGGGAGUAGAUCUUUGUGCCAUUCUUGCUGAAUCAAAAUAUCUAUCCGCUGUCAUGCCAACCGUUUUUGCCAAAGAUGACAUGUAUUGUAACCAAGGGUGGAAGGACUGCCACCACCAACUGACAUAUUUAUAAAGUUGGGUUUCCCUUUGGAGGAACAACUUAUUGGAGAAUGCGUGGUGAAUCGCUGAUGCUGCCUGCCUGUGGUUGAGAUUGAGCAUAUCUGGCGAUGCUGGAUUUAGAAAUGAAUUGCUUAGAUUGUUUUUGUCCAACCUAUUCAUGACGAUGUGAUGCUGUCUGCUUAAUACGUGUUUAAGAUUGCAUGCUUAGCUGUUGGUUUUGUUUAUUGUGGCUAUUACUCCAGGGUUUGUACAAAUGUAAGAUGACUCCAACCGAUGGGAAAAUAUGCCGAAAUACUAUGGAUGAUGCUAAAGGUCUACUGAGAACGUAGUAUCUGCCUGAAUCUGGAAGUUUGAUCCAAGUUUUCUUUUUUAAUGUGAACAUACACACCAUUUGGGAAUAAUCAAGAGGAAAGAUUUGCUCCAUAUUCCCAUAACGGGGGAAAGGUUAGUCCAAAUGAAAUGUAGCAAAUGAUGGGGAAUAUAGUGAUCAUAUAAUUCUUCCUGUGUUGGUGAUUUAUUAGAGCAUGUGUAGCAUUCAUCCAUGAGUGAAAGAGGUCUUUUACUCAAGUAGAAGAUUGACACACGUCUUCAUCAUCACUUAGAAUACUUUGCUUUCUAAAAUGAUACCAUAGCUUGGCUGUUGUGCAAUUGUCUCGUUUACUUGACUCAAUUUAUCAGCGAGUAAAAUGCAGUAACGGUCCUUUUACUUGGCGCGUGUCUCACUUUAGUCUCUAAACUCAAGAAUUGCAUCUUCUAACCAUCUUACUUGUCUAAUGAUCUCUUCGUCUCUAAUCACGCCAGCGCACGAUUUCAAAGCCAUGUGGGCGGUCAACUUGCCAGUGCGAACGAACAGAGUGCAUGGGAGGGUUCCUGCUCGCUAUUUUUUUGUGUGCCCCCUGUGAAUGUGUGGCUCCUCAUCCUACCCUCUGGCUUUGUCACACAAAAAACCAGAACUGAAACACACAAUAAUAUAAAGCCUACGAAAUUUUCCCACCUCCAAAUCCCUGAUUCCCCCAAUCCCCUCUCGAGUAAGUCAAACUUGAAAAGACACCAAAUUAUUAUGCCUGAGAUGACCAAUUGUUACCUUAACAAAUUACUAAGAAAUCACAAAGCAACAUUAGCAUGUCAUUUAACUUCCCAAGUUGAUGAACUUGCAAAAAGAUGCAUGAGUGGGCCACACACAGAUAGGGUAGUUGCAGUGCGCAGGUGUGCGGUAGCAAAGCUGACAAGAUGAGUUCUUUUUUUACAAUAAUGAAGAUCAGAAGCAAAAUGGUAAUGUUUGUAUAUACAAAUAUUUUGGACAGAAAGCUAGUAUAUGGACAUGAAAGCAAGUAAACUAGCUUUAGAUGGGUAUAUAUUUAUUUUCUUUAUUUGGUAAACAAUUACAGGAACAGGGCCAGAAUUCCGUCUUUCAUUAGUGAAGUGUAUUGAGUUUGCUUUCUUUAUUUCAUUGUUCGCUCGGGUGUUUUUCCUCCCAUUCUUUUUGCUAUUCUGGGUGAGUGGGCUGUGCUGUUACUUCCUGGGACGCCACAGUUGCUCCACUUAAUUUGCACAUAACAACAGGCAUCCUGACCUUGCAACGCUCUUUGCACCUUUUCUUUUUGUUCAGUUCUGUGCUGAUCCGACCCAUCUGCCCAUGCAUGCUACUGACAGUCGCAUCAUCUGCUUGCGGGUCUGGAUAUUAGGUGUGGGUUGAAUUGGGUCAGAGUCAAAAUUGGUGCUAAAUGCAGGUCCAGGCGAAAUAGCUGUUUUUAUGUGCAAAGACAUGCCAAUGCUGCUGUUUUGAUCAGUAAGUGUCAAAUCAGGAGGUGCACACUGCAGUGCACUCAUUUUCCCAUUUCGCAUUUAUAAAAAACAAAGGUAAACCAAUUUAAAAAGGUGGUUCAACCCUGACCAAGUGUUCCUAUUGCCGAACUUCACAUUUCAUCCUUGAACAUUGAAACUGUUGUUUUUAACCUUGGACUGUUAAAUCUGUUUACUUUACCCCUUUGGCCCUAUCCAAAGCCUUUUUGAGCUGACCCUGGCAGCACAUGGCAUCGGUUCUACACAUCACAUAUUGCUAUGUCAAUAAAUUAAAAAAGAAAUAGUGAAGAAAAUCAAGAAACUCAAAACAUAUUCAAACAGAUAGUCCGAAACUUCUAGGAAAUUCGAAAACAAAUCAGAGGAAACAUAAAUUAAAUUGUGUAAAACAUUCGGUAACACACAAAAUAAUUUAGAAACAUUCAUGAAAAGGGUAGAUCUAGGAACAUGCCUCACAAUAACCUAAAUAUGCAAGUACUACAAUUCAUAAUUCAUGUAUUGAUUAGUUGAAUUUUAUAACUAACUUGUCCGUACAAAUUCAAUUUUGAACACACAUGCUACCACUGUGUAUAUUACGCGUGGCGGUUAAGUUGAUUUUUGUCAUUUCCUAUUUAUUUUUCUCUCUAUAUAUUUUCUGUUUUUUUAAUGUUUGUUUUUUAUUUAUGUUUCUGUAUUUUUUUUCUCAAUUUUGUUUAAUGUUUUUACUGAAGUUGCUGACAUGCCAAUUGUUUACCAUAUGUCAUCUGAGUCAGCUUUAAACCACCUAGAAUAGGACCAAGGAGGUUAUGUAAACUGAUUCAAUAGUUCAGUGUUAAAAGCAACCUGUUUUGUAGUUCAAGGUUGAAAAGUGAACUCCUGCGGUAGUUCAGGGUUGGAAAGUGGACCUUCCAAUUGAAUUUUUAACCAUGGUGGAGAUUUGGUGGAUCAACGAUGAUGACCAUUUUUGGAUAAAACAAAAGGACCCAUUGAGUGCAGGUUCAUCGACUAGAUGGACAGAUGAGAAGCACCUGCUCUAUAUUAGUUCACUGGAGUUAUCAUUUGUUACUCAACUAUAUGAUGGUGAAAUAAGCUCAAAUGGGUUGCUAUGUUGGUCUCCAAGUGUAUGGAGGAAUAAAACUCACAAUGGAAAUCAUGCAAACACACAAGUUGAUCAGGUAUAUUGGGGGAUGGUUGAGGCUGAUGGAGCUGAAUCCAGAGUGUCGCAGGUCGAGCAUACUGGACCGCCUUCGUAUUAUGGGGACCAAGAAGAUAGGAAUGCUUAUUAUAUGAAUGAUGAUGCAUCGACUAGUGAGCCAAGGCAAGAGAGAAUCAGUCACUAUGCUAGACGAAAGAACUCUGGAGGGUCUUCUACUUCCCACUUCCACUUGCAUGGGCAUUCCCUUUUUGGAACAGAGUUAUCAGAUCAGAACUUUGUUGAUGAUGAGACUGAAGUUAUCAGGGAACGAAGCAGAGAAUGUAGCAACAAGCGACUGAAACAUGGUGCUCAUACAACCAACAGUCUGGCUGCUACAUCAGCAAAUGCAAAUUUGCAACUGGAGGUCAUCCAUCACGUGGAAGUUGAUUACAGCGGUAGCUCGUCAGAGUUUGAGGUUGGGUUGCUGAAGGCAGAGGCUUCAUCUUGCGAAAGCCAGGGACAAAGAAGAUGGUCCGUCUAAGGUUUCUAUUGGGGUAGCUAGCUGGAAUAGAAAGAAAUGCCGUACAGUUCGUUUGUAGAGAUGUCGAUAUAUUCAUCUCUAGAUAGCAAGAAACCAUAGCUGGUUCCUAGUACUGUAUGUUUUGGUGAUAUGCAACUAUGCAAGGUGCCAAGGUGCAGAUGCUAAUUGCUUCCUGCAAGCUCAACUAGGAUUAGAGGGUAGGUUUAAGUGAUUCAACUAUUCUGUAAUACAUUAACUGAUGUUAAGACUCGGUAAUACAACAUCAGUUAAGACUAACUGAUGUAUUCAUCACUUAAGACUCUGUAGUACAACAUCAGUUAAAAAACAAGACAGGCGUGGCGCUCCAAAGUUA